UAGCAUCAAUGUGCAAUGCAAUGCCAAUUAAACACACAGUGCCUCACAGAUUACCAUGAAGUUGAAUAAACACCUCUGACAGUCUCAAUUUAAAUGUGACAGUAUUUCAGUUGUAUGGCAUUGCAUUACACUGUGCAGGAGCUCGUGCUACUGUGUCCAUCUUUAUUCAUAUGUCAGUUUAAAUUAAAUGCACUUAAAUCAUGUACACUGAGUCUCAUGUAGUAGGAUGUAUGUUAAAAAAGUCACGAGCAGAGUCCUGUCUGUCUCUUAACAUGAGGUGCACUUGUUUUGGAAUUUGAUUCGCCAAGGAGGCUGCGGACGCCCCGCCCCCCGGCCAACGGCCCCUCCUGAUUGGUCGCCGCCGUCGCCUGUCUCGGGGACAUCAGGGGAGGCACGAGUUGGCCCGUAAGCCUGCGCUCGCGAGUCAUCAGUGUCGGACACGUAGUGGGAACGAGCAGGUCCCGAUGCACAAGUCACGGCAACCCUCGGCGGAGAUGAAGGCGGACUCCGACUGGCUCUGAUUUUUAAAAGCCCUUUUCAUUCAGGCGGUCGGUUGCCAACGGUUAUCAAUAUGGCAGAGCCGUUAUCCCAGGCACCCACCGCUGCAAAAAUGGCGUCACUUAACCGGGUCCGAGCUUUGGCGAUGAUUUUCUUAACUGUCACUGGCUGUUGUGUCACCCCGACAAGUGGCAAGGAAGGGUCCGAGGAGACCGUCAUCAUAGGGCUCCGACUGGAGGACACGGACGACAUUUCCUUCAUGGAUAAAGGCUACCUGCGGGUGAGUGAGCGGUCUCGGGUGAAAUUAAGGGUGUACGGGCAGAACAUCAACAACGAGACCUGGUCCAAAAUUGCUUUCACGGAACAUGAGCGGAGCAGGACGGUAGGGAGCCUUGACAGUUCCUCGGGGGAUAACCAGAGCCAAGAGGACUCGUCCGGCUUGCAUCCCUGCGGUAUUAGGACUUCGGAUAUAAUUAUAUUGCCCAACAUCAUCCUGAAUCGAAAGACGUCCGGAAUAGUUGAAAUUGAGGUCAAACCCCUGCGGAAGACGGAGAGGAGUAAAGCGUAUUACCUUUGCAUCGCCACCGCGACACCGGCCGUGGCCGGGAUGCACGACCCGUGGACGGAGAACACCUGGAUCUACCACGAUGGGGAUGACACCAAAGUGAUAGUGGUGGAGGAGAAAAAGUUUCUGCUGCCUUUCUGGCUCCAGGUCAUCUUCAUCUCCAUGUUGCUGUGCCUGUCGGGCAUGUUCAGCGGGUUGAACCUGGGGCUCAUGGCUCUGGACCCCAUGGAGCUCCAGAUAGUCCAGAACUGCGGCACGGAGAAGGAGAAGAAUUACGCCAAAAAAAUAGAGCCGGUCAGGAGCCAAGGGAAUUACUUGCUUUGCUCGCUUCUGCUCGGGAACGUGCUGGUGAACACCACGCUGACCAUCCUGCUGGAUGAUAUCGCCGGGUCGGGGUUGAUAGCCGUGGUCAUGUCCACCAUUGGAAUAGUCAUUUUUGGGGAAAUCGUGCCCCAGGCCAUCUGCUCCAGACACGGCCUCGCUGUCGGGGCCAACACCAUAUUCCUCACCAAGUUCUUCAUGCUGCUCACCUUCCCUGCGUCCUACCCGGUGAGCAAGCUGCUAGACUACCUCCUGGGACAGGAGAUAGGAACCGUGUACAACCGGGAGAAGCUUCUGGAGAUGCUGCGCGUCACGGACCCCUACAACGACCUGGUGAAGGAGGAGCUCAACAUCAUCCAGGGCGCGCUGGAGCUCAGGACUAAGACCGUGGAGGACGUCAUGACGCCGCUGAGAGAUUGCUUCAUGAUCCCCGGGGAUGGCACCCUCGACUUUAACACCAUGUCCGAGAUCAUGAAGAGCGGCUACACGCGCAUUCCAGUCUUCGAGGGCGAGAGGUCCAACAUAGUGGAUCUGCUCUUUGUCAAGGACCUGGCGUUUGUGGACCCAGAUGAUUGCACCCCUCUCAAAACAAUCACAAAGUUUUACAGCCACCCGUUACAUUUUGUGUUCAAUGACACCAAGUUGGAUGCAAUGCUGGAGGAGUUUAAAAAAGGAAAAUCUCACCUGGCCAUAGUUCAGAGGGUGAACAAUGAGGGUGAGGGAGACCCUUUCUACGAGGUGCUGGGUAUCGUCACGCUGGAGGACGUUAUUGAAGAAAUCAUCAAGUCAGAGAUCCUGGACGAGACUGACUUGUACACUGACAACAAGACGAAGAAGAAAAUCACCCAUCGGGAAAGGAAGCAGGAUUUCUCGGCCUUCAAGCCUACCGACAAUGAAAUGAAGGUUAAAAUAUCACCUCAGCUUCUGCUGGCUACCCUGCGUUUCCUAGCAACAGAGGUCGAGCCGUUCGCACCGGUGCAAAUGUCAGAAAAGAUUCUUCUGCGCUUGUUGAAGCACCCCAACGUCAUCCAGGAGCUGAAAUACGAUGAGAAGAACAAGCGGGCGGCUGAGCACUACCUCUUCCACAGGAACAAGCCCGUGGAUUAUUUCAUCCUCGUACUGCAGGGGAAGGUGGAGGUGGAGGCAGGGAAAGAGGGGAUGAAGUUUGAAGCAGGACCGUUCUCCUUUUAUGGGAUGAUGGCUCUGACAGCCUCGCCAGUGCCUCUCUCUCUGUCUCGUACAUUUGUGGUCAGUAGGGCUGAAUCAUUAGCAGGAUCUCCAGAGAAUAAAUCUCCUCCACGGCCGUUUGGACUCAACCACUCCGACUCCCUGAACAGGAGCGAUCGUAUAGACGCCAUCACUCCGACCCUCGGCAGCAGCAACAACCAGCUCAACUCCUUUCUGCAGAUCUACGUACCUGACUAUUCAGUCAGAGCGCGCUCAGACCUGCAGUAUAUAAAGGUUACACGCCAACAGUACCAGAACGCUGUAAUGGCGUCACGGAUGGACAAAACGCCCCAAUCAACAGACAGUGAGUUCACUAAGAUUGAGCUCACUCUGACAGAGCUCCAUGAUGGAGUGGAGACCCCCACAGUCGUCACCACCACAGCCAGCAUCACAAGCACCACCCCUGCCGUGUCCGUAUCCGUGGCCAACGAGACGUCCCACCUGCUCAACCAGCAGCAGAACUGUGUAGGCCUCAGCAGGAGCAACCACAGCGCCCACAACGAGGGACCCAUCUAGCCCCUGCCGAGCCUGGUGGAGACCCCAGACCCUCCACCCUGUCACGUGGACACACGCAGAGCGGUGGCGUAGAUGGAGAUGAGGGAAAGUGGGAAGCAGAGGUGGGUAGAGUGAGGGUUCUGCUCCAACCAGUAGCCCCCAGUCAGUCAGUGAGACCCUUUCAUGGAGGGGCAGUGGGGAAGACGGGUGCUGUGUCACCCUGAAUGCCCCCACCUGAACGCUGUCAGAAUCCCUGCUGUACUACACCCUCUUACAGAGGGUGCACUCGGACAGUACCUGCAACUGAGCUUCUAUUUUGGGACAAUCUGACACUUUCAUAGCGGUGACUUGGACAAGAGGACGACAGAGUGCAUGCAAACCCCGUCCCUUUCCCCUACAAACACACACACACACACACACACACACACACACACACACACACACACAAUCGCUGUAUUUUCUCCUCAGGCCAAAGACUUUGGUCCCCCCUUCUUACACUGGACACAGAGUGUUUUUGCUGACAUACACACACAUAUUCAAGCACCGACACAUUUCCAAACACACACAUACACACGCACAAAUGCAACUCCCCCACCCGCGCAUCUUUCAGGGAGGCUCAGUCGACUGUUGAUCCCAAACCCAAACAAGCAGAGUGAACAGUUGGUCAAAGACUGCACCAAAAACCGCUUUGAAAGAAACCGUUAAACCAUGAACCAAGAAUGUUUUCCUGUAUUUAUUUAUUUUAUAAUAUUGUAUGUAUAUAUAUGUAUGCGUGGAGACAUGAUAUGACAUAAACUGGCAUACGAGCAUGCGCGAGCAUGUACAUGAAGCCGUGCGUGGCGCUCUCGUGUCAUAUCAAAAAGGACAUGCUACAUAUAUGUAGACGAACAUCCGUUCAUGUAUAUGAGGAGGUGAGGGUCUUUUACAGAUACAGUAUGUAUAUUACAGAUCCUGUUAUUUUUACUAUUAUCCUAAAUCAGGCUUAUGGUACACUAUCUUUUUCACCUUUAAAAAAAAUCACACUAUUGCCUUUAAGAGAAAUCAUAUAAUUAAUUAUUUUAACAAAGUGCAAUGAAAGCAAUUUAUUUAAGAGAUGAUUAUGAAUUAAAAGAAUCAUUGUAUUAUAAAUUGACAGAUAUAUUUGUAUGUAUGUAUUGUAUGUAUAUGUAUAUUUGUUUUUUGUUUUUGUUUUUGAAAAAAUGCUAAACUGCAGCCAUCCACAAGCAAAACUGUCCUUAGUCAGUCUCUCUUUCUCUUUGUCUCUUUCAUGUUUUUGCAUCCUUUGACCUCAAACACGACGUCUGCUCUACGUUCAUAUGGGAGUAACGAUGCUUUGACUAUUCACCACGGUGUAGUGGGGGGAGGGGGAGGUGAAAGUGACAUGGCACCUAUGCAUGUGGAGGUUAUGUGUCUUUUUUUUUUUUUUUUUGCCAAUUUUACGCAUAAUCAAACUUGAUAAUUGCACAGUAUUAAUGACCUCAUCUAACAUGUUGAGCAUCAUCAACGUCACAAAAAGUAACCUCGACAUUAAACAUGUCCAUGAAUGAUACACAGCUAUGCUUUUCCACUGUUUAUGUGUGUGAAUGUGUCGUGGCUUUUUUUGUUUGUUUGUUUGUUUUUUUGUAUGUGUGUUACUUGCAUGUGUGUGUCUAUAAAACAUAACCCGGCGGUUCAGUUGAUAAAGGCUAUUUUUUGACAGCGGUGAAUGUGAAAGAGACGACACUUUACUUGGCUCCCCACACAACGCAGAUUAUAAUCCAUUCUUAAUAACUAUUGAAUUAAUUCAGAUCAAAAUCUAAAAUAUUCUUUAAAACUGUUGGCUGCUAUUAAAGAGAGAUAUUUAUGUUGAUUUCAUUUUACAUUAGAAACUCUGUAGCCAUUUUUUUUUAUUUCUUUCACAAUUUCAAAAAAACACAAUUAAAGAAGAGUUUGACAUUUUGGGAAAUACACUGAUGUGCAUUCUUGCUGAGAGUUUGACAGAUUUUUAUAAUAACUCAACACCGGAUGGCAAAAUUAUUCCGGUUGAGUUGCUCACCUGGUGCAUGUACCAUAAAAAGUUUUCAUCUUCAGGGUUUACAGCCCACUGUUUCUCCCGCUGGCCCAGCCUGCAAGUUCACAUUUGGCUCAUAGACUUUGCAUUGUGAUGACAUCACAGUUUUUAAAAUUGCUUUUCUCGGCCCCAGAAAAGUUUUAGAAAUAUAAAACCACCAUGGAUCAAACUUUUAAAAUAAAAGAGUCAUAAUUUACCUUGUUUGCACUUUGAGGCGUCCUGUCAACAGUUUCACGGACAUCUCUUUUAUAAUGGUGGAGAAUUGUUUCGCUGCAGUACCCCAAGUGGCCACUGGGAAAACUGGCUGCAAGGCUGAGCAGCAUUCCAGGGGUCCUGUCAAUGAGAGGGUGGUGAUAACUCUUAACACUAGCUGCUAGCUUGAUUAGCACAUUGCAUUUACGUUAACUGUGAUGAUACAAAGGCUAAUGCUAAUUUUCUCUAGCGAACUACAGGUUUAAAACCAUUGAAACAAAAUGUACUCGACAGAAAAACUGAACAUCCGACUCUUUUUAAACAAACAAAACAUUACAUUUGACCUGAAAAGAGUCUGAAUGAGAAACAGCACUACCGCUACACCUAGCUGUCAUCGAAUGUAUGUUGUCACCAUUGUGUAUAAAACGUAAACAGGUGAGUUAAAUAAAAAUUCACCCUUGUACAGGUGUCAUGAUGGAGGAAGAUUAUCUAUAGCAAUCCCAACCGUUCUUUGAACCAGGCUGUAAACAUGUUUAUUUGAACAUGGGGGUCUGUGGGGACUGACUCGCUGGAGCCAUCCUCAAGUGGCCAUUUGCGGAACUGCAGUUUUUGGCACUUCGGCAUUGGCUUCAUUUUUUUGCCCCGGAGGUUGCUGCUUGACCAUCACCAUCUCUAAGGCUCAUUAAUUACUCCUGGAAGUCACUGCUCAGGGCCAAGAAAGUCUGGCACAUAACCCCUGUAAAACCACAACUUGAUGUUUUACACUAAUUAACAAGUAACAAACAGGAUAUAACUAUAAAACUGCCCCCUCCACCCCAAAAAAAACAGCAAAAAAAAAGGAUUCUAAUUACAAAAUGUUGUGUUUUUUAUGCUUUUAAAUGUCUAAUACGACUGUCUCUUGGACUGUGGCAGUGAAUUCCUGGAGUAGCUGGUCAUCUUUAGUCUGUAUGCUAAGCUAAGUUAGCAUCUCCUGGCUCCAGCUUCAUAUUUAGUGCACUGACAUGAGCCACUUCCAUCUUCUCAACCCCUCGGCAAGAAAGCUAAUAAGUGUACAUGUCAAACUAUUCUUUCAAGUCUUUUUAAUGUUUAUUUUAUUAGUAUUUUAUAUGUGAUUGCUUUAGUACUUGCUCGCCCUUAUUGUUUUACCUCAUAAAGACAGGAAAGAGUUUUAAGAUACUGUAUGUGCUUGAAAUUUUUUCCUAAAGCUACAAAAGUCUUAGUGUAGAGUAAUUCUGUUUACUUCAUAUCUGUAGGGACGUAGAUUUUUAUCUCUUUGACUAAAACGUGACUUUGAUUCCACUUCCAGGCCUGAUCAUUAACAUUACAUGUACUGUACGCUGGCUGUUUCCUCGCCACCUUACAGGCAACAUCAGUGUCUUAAAGCUGAGUCCUCCUUAUAUUCAGUUGCAGUCUGUAACCACUGGUGGUCGCUGUUUCCACAUGUAAUCUAAUGUGUGUGUGUAAUGGCCCCUGAAAGCAGCACACAUGGACGGACAGCCUCUCCAUCUGCUCAGCCACGAGGGGCGUCUCGGUUGUAUAACCAGACACAGAGUACGUCUGCAUUGUUUGCAGCUGUGUUCACUGUUGUUUAUUGUUUACUUGAAAGUGCUCCUAUGCAGCAGGCCUGCUCCUGCUCUGCUGGGACAAUCACUCCAGAGACGAAGCGACGAAUGAUGAUCAGGCUGUAAAAACUGUGCUCGGGACAUUCAUACUCUGCUUUACAGACUCAGUGCCUGACAGGAGAACAAGAAGCAUGAUGGUAGAACAAAAGCCCAAACGCACAACAGGAAACACUGGGGGAAGCAUCAGCUGUGACUCCAUCAUUUUAAUACACACACACUUGUUAUCAUUUUCUCUCACACACUCCAUCCUCUGCUGAACACAAGAGUAUCAUCCUUCCAUUAUGUGAAUGCUUUGCAGGCCUGUGUUGAACUGGUCUUUUGUCCAUCCCAACGCUGCUACUGUACACAUGUGCUGUCCAUAAUGCUUCUUCUACCUGACGACGUUCCCAUUGCCUCC